AUGGCCAUUGAAUUAAUCCCUUGGUCAAAAGGAGGUGGCGGUUUUGCUACCGCAGCGGAGUUCUUGUUGACCAUGAUAGAUAUUCUACCGGAAGGCAAUGGUCUAAACCAAAAUCAAAUAAAAGAGCUCAUUAAAUUGUAUACAUCAAGUAUAACUAAAUCUGGUAGCAUUGAUCCUUUGAAAGUUAACAAAAUCUUUAACGGGAUUGGUAUGCCUAUUGAGCCGCGAGAAGAGUUGUUUGAAUCUAACCGGCCCGCUGCCAUAGAGUUGAUGGAGUUGAUGAUUGUUACUGCAGAACGUUCUACGACAGUUCACGAAAAUGAGAUUGUGUUAAGUACACAAGAGGUCAGAACAUUGGUAGCUGGUUUUAAAAGAUAUAACACGGACAAUGACGGUCUGCUCUACAAAGACGAAGCAAAAGAGUUCCUGGAAGAACUACUCCCAAACCAUCCGCUAGCUUCAACUCUGACACUGUUGCCUUAA